CUUUCGUGUCAGUGACUUGUCACCUUGCUGACAUAAUGGAAAAAUUCUAAACAAAAAAAAUGAAAACACCUCAAUAUUGUAUCGUGUACAAAAAUAUUAAUCAGUAGCCAUUGCGGGAAAAUGGAUGCCGGUUCCGUAAUUCUCGGCAGUUUGGUUUUGGUGCAAAUGAGCGGUAUCCUAGUACUGCUGAAUCCAAUUUAUGACGUCAGAAAGGUAACCAGAUGCAUGAAUAAUCUCAUUAGGAAGCACAGGACUUUUUACUUUCUUGGCAUCGCAGUCUAUUUCAUUUGCGUUGUAUAUCUUGGUAUGUACAUUCCAUUGCAAAACAUUCAUUACCUGAUAUCUCAGAAAAAUCCUAACGAAUAUGAAAAAUUAAAUUUACUCAACAGAAUUGAAAAGAAUUAUUUAAUCGCUGGAUUCUCCCUUUUUUUGUUCGUUGUUUUAUAUGGUAUAAGAGCACUGAUAUCAUACGCUUCUAGUCUAUUGGAAAUAUCUGUCGCAACAAGUGAAUCUAUAAUGAUGUCGCAGUCAUCGAAAACAGAAAAGAAGGGCUUUUUUCUACCAAAUAAUAUUUUGCCAAAUUUAUUAAGAGUAAAAAGGUCAGUUUCAUACGAGACCAUUUUGUUUGCAAACGAGCUCCGCGACCAACUUAAGAUGAUAUUAAGAAACGUUGAAUUUCCACACAAUAGCUACGCCAUUUCAAAUAUCUUAGAAACACACAUAAAAAGAGUUUGUUCCAGCUAGAAGAAAACUCGGGGUUCAUAUAAAUUUGUUAUCAUCCCUUUCCUGUUUCGAUUCUCGGUCCUAUUUUGUAUUACAAAACCAUCGCUACUGUCAUCUCGCACGUAGGAAAUACUGCCAAGUGUUUGGAAAUUCUUUGAAAUUACAAAGGGGCACGAGGCAAUAACAAAUAUUCGAAGAGACAAGGCCAUAAAAAUAAAACACUGCGAGAAAAGCAAAGGAAAAACUAAGCCGGAAUGUGAGACUGCAAAGAAGAGAACGGACUACACAUUAGAAAAUACUUUGUUUUAAUUGGACAUUAGUACGUUAGAGACGAAUUACCUAUUAUACUAUCCAUACUA